AUGGCCCCAGCGGAAGUUAAAAGGGAAGGUGAUGAUUAUGGCAUUCCAAAUGAAGCAGAUGACAUUCGUUUGAUGAAUGAAAGUUGGGCGGAACCUUAUCAUGGUUGCGAAGCUGGUCCGAGCAAUGAAGAAGCAACCAACAUGAAUGUUGAAGAUGGCGGAGCCGAUGUGAAAAAAGAAAUGGUUGAUGAUUCUCCUCGCAAGGACAUGGUUGGUGAUGUUGAACGUGCUAUUCUGGAACAUAAAUUUGAUUCGGUCGAAGAUGGAGAAGCUUUCUACAAUAUGUAUGCUAAAGCCAAGGGAUUUAGUAUACGAAAAUCCAGAUUUAACACAAAUAAAGAGAGAAAGGUCUUUAGUAGGUUGUGGUUGUGUUCAAGGGAAGAUGCUGGUGAAGGGGAAAAGUAUGUUGUGACUUACUUCGUCGCAGGCCACAACCAUGAAUUGGCGGAACAACACUGUGUGAUGUAUCUGAGGUCACAUCGCAGUUUAAAUAGCGCUGACAAAGCUCAAGCAAUGGCUAUGCGCAACAUCGGUGUAAAGACUAGCCAAAUCAUGGACUAUAUGGUAAAUCAAUCCGGGUCUUAUGAGAAUGUUGGUUUCAUCCGUACGGAUCUACACAACCAUAUUCAAGCCGAACGUAGUGCAAAAGUUGAGGAUGGUGAUGCGCAGGAUUCGAAAUCGCGGGGCGACUACGCAAAGUUUGGUGAUGUGCUGAUAUUUGACUCAACUUACAGAACCAAUGCAUACAAGAAACCUUUUGUCAUGUUGGCUGAGGCGAUGGGCAAUAAAGCACUUGUGUCCGUACUGACAGAUGGGGAUAAGGCGAUGCGAGAGGCAAUCAGAAAAGUAUUUCUAGAUGCAAGACUUCGAUUAUGUAAUUGGCAUCUUGGGAAAAAUGUUGUUUCAAAUGUUCACAUAAGUGGCUUUGCACAUGCUUUCAAGCAGUGCAUGGACACGGAAACGGAUGAGACAAAGUUUGAGCAUGGCUGGACGACAAUGGUCGAAAAAUUUGGACUUCAAACGAACAGUUGGGUGUUAGAGACAUAUGAGAAGCGUCAUAUGUGGGUUGAGGCAUAUAUGCGUGGACAUUUCUUUGCUGGGAUGAAGAGCACUUAG